AUGGAGUAUCCUCAGCAAGCAGCAUGGCACCUUGUACAGCUCUUGAAAUCGCAAAAUACGGAUGACCGGAGCCACACUCAACUGGGCAAAGAUAUCGUGCAAGAAGUUGGAAGGAAAGACCAAGAUCUUCACAGAUUGCUUUGCACUCGGAUCAAAAUCGCUGAGGACUUUGGCAAGCUUGCCAGUACCAGCGGCGAUUCCAUCCAGUUUGCAAAGGAUUUCCCUCGACUGGUUGGCGGCGGUAGCAGGGCCGAACGUUGGCAAGUGCUGGUGCCUAUCCAAAGCCAGAUGACUGCCACGAUCCCCAGGAUGGAUCGAGCUGCCAUCCAGAAGACGGCCGAUGGUCGAGGAUUUUUUCCAGAGGUGAUUCUGUCGGAAAGGUGUCUUGAACACGUGGAGGUGUUUCGAUCGAAGGAGAAGCCGAAGAGAGUAACUUUUGUGGGUACGGAUGGUCGGCACUAUCCCUUCCUUUGCAAAGCUGAGAAGAGAGGAGACUUGCGGAAGGACUCUCGCUUGAUGGAGUUUGCAGUCAUGGUGAACCAGCUUUUGGCCAAAAGCUCUGACGCCAAUCGACGAAAUUUGUCCGUCCGGACCUUUCAUGUGGUCAUUCUGUCAGAGAAAUGCGGCCUUCUUGAAUGGGUGCCCAACACGAAAGGAUUGCGAUAUAUCAUUGAUGAGCUGUGGAAAGGUCGCAAACAAGCACGCCAGAGUCUGACUGAAGUCAAGGAGAUGUUCGACCGAAGCAAGGAUUUGCAUGAGACCUUUACUCGUCAAGUUCUUCCUCGACAUCCACCAAUGUUGCACAAGUGGUUCCUGAAGUGUGGGGAUCCCUCCGUGUGGUUUGCCAAGCGCGUGCUAUUCAGCCAAUCUCAGGCGCUUUGGUGCAUGCUUGGAUAUCUUGUUGGCCUCGGAGAUCGUCAUCUUGAGAACAUCCUCAUCGAUACCGAGUCGGGCAGGCUUGUACACGUCGACUUUGACUGCCUCUUCAACAAAGGUAUGCUUCUGGAACGACCAGAAAUGGUUCCCUUUCGGCUGACGCAGAACUGUGUAGCUGCCAUGGGCAUCACCGGGGUGGAGGGUAUCUUCCGCCAGUGCUGCGAAGUGACUAUGGAGGUGCUUCGGGAUCGUGGCAACACCCAGACGCUGUUGUCUGUGCUGCACGUUUUUGUGGCUGAUCCGUUGCUCGAGAUCACCAAGCGAGUGGCUGCAUCCGAACUGGCCGAACACCGGGUCCAGACGGCUCGAGACACCAUUAGUGAAGUGGAGAAGAAGUUGAAAGGAAUGCUCAAUGUUGGUGCAGCAGUUGAACCCAAAGAGGACAACCGAGAAUCGGUGCUCUCCAAAGUCGAGAGGAUGCGCAGCUUGUUGGGUCGUGACAGAGGGGUUGGCUUGUCGGUGAAAGGACAAGUCGACGAGCUGAUCAAGGCGGCCACCUGCAAGAGGAACCUCAGCGAGAUGUACGUAGGCUGGCAGCCAUGGCUGUGA